AUGGUUGAAGAUGAGAGGCUUGCGGAAGGUGCUCGGCAGCCGGAGCAAUCACCGCACGCCGACUUCGCUGCCCAGCAGCGACACCUCCAGCGCCUCGUGAUGUCGCUCGAUGCCACGCUUGGCUCCCUCCUGACCCCACAGCAGUCCAAGCUGCAGCGCCCAUCUUCUACGCCACACCGUAGAUCAUCGCCAGCAAGCAAGACCGGCAAAGGCAGUGCAGUAGAGGGUGCUCCCGCUACUGUUGCGGCGUCUCCACGCAGCAGCGGUGCUACCGGAAGCGCCAACAACGCCCCACAGAUCACACCAGAGAGCGCGGUAGCCUUGGCGGCCGAAGCCCUCGCGGCCGUCAAGGCCUCACUCGCGCUCGCACAGCACGAGCACCGGCCGAGCCCCGCAAACGGCAAGGACGACAGCGCGAGGAACAGGGACCGCGGCGGUGGCGGAGGUGGGCGAGAGCUGCGAGUGGCGCUCGCUCGCACGAUAGGGGCGCUGAGGAAUGCCUGCGUCGGCGCCGCCAGCUCAACGGCCGAGCUGCUCGGAGGCGAAGAUCCCACGGGUUUUGCCCAGGAGGUGAGAGCGCUCGCCAACGCCCACGAGAAGGAGCUGGAGCAAGCAUUGGUGGAAGAUAAGGAGGGUCAGCUAGGCGCUCCUACUGCUGCUGCUGCUGCUGCUGCUGCUGCUGCUGCUGCUGCUGGAGGGAAUGGCGGCGACGUGGUGCCCGUUGCAUCUUCCGGGCCUGCGGUGGCGGUAGGCCUGGAGUUCUGGUCUCGGCAGAGCGACCUGUGGAGCGGGGUCUUCACCGAGCAGCAGACGGGGCUGCUGCAGAUGGUCCGGGCUCAGGAGGCUGAGCUGCGGCAGGGAAAGCGGCGGAUUUCCUCUCUCGAGCAGGAGCUGGCCGCCCUCGACGAAAAACGCAAGGAAAUCGUAGCCGCCGCUGCCGCUGCGACGGCAAACGCCUCCGCUGCCGGUAAGGAGGGGAGGAAGGGCGGCAGCAACCGGGAUGAGGGCCACGCCGACCGUUCCCUGAAGGAGUCUGAGGUCAACGACUGGCGGAGGCGGCUGGAGAGAAUGCAAGCGGAGCACGAGAGACGGCUGUCCGCGGUGCAGGAGCGGGAGGCGGCGGUGCAGGCGGCGGAGCUGAGGGUGGAGGGCCGCGCGAGGGAGCUGGGGUCGGAGCGGGACCGGCUCGCGGCGGGGGCCGUGGCUCUGUCCGCUGAGGCGGACGGCUUGAGGGCGGGAGCGAAGGACGCAGCUGAGCGGGAACGCAAGCUGGCCUUGUGGCAAGCCGGGCUGGACAAGAGAGAGCUCGCUGCGGAAGACGUACGUGAGCGGUCGAGGCACCUGGAAGAGAUGGAGAGACAGGCGAAGGAACGCGAGCACGAGGCAAAGGAAAGCCUCUUGCUGCUGGAGGAGCAGCUGUCGGUCAAGGAGAAGACGCUCGCUAUCGUAGAGGCCGACCUAGAAAAGGCCCGGCGGGAGAUCGCCGAGCGUGAGGAGGCGGUGCAACGGGACCGGCGAGAAGCCUACAGCAAGGUGCAGGACGAGUCGAGGCUGGAGAAGGAGCGGCUUGACAAGGAGGUAGCGAGACUGAGGCAGGAGGAGCGUAGGCUCGACGGUCUUAACCGCGAGCUGGACGAAAAGACCCUCCAGCUGAGGGAAGAGCUUCGGCGAGAAGCGCAGCGCUUGUCUCGAGCCCAGGAAGAGGGGAAGAUCGCCCUGGCGAAGGACCAGCGGGAGUUGCAGAGGAGUCGGGAGGCCGUUAGGGAAGAGGAGAAGCAGGUGGAGGCCCUCAGGCUGGAGACGGAGAGGGCGAAGGCGGAGGCUCGGGCGGCCCUUGACGCGGUGGAGCUUGAGCGCGUGGAGAUGCUCAAGGGCUUCUCGGAAGUCAGGGUGGCCUUGGAGGAGAAAGAGGCAGCCCUUGGAAGGGAACGAGAUGGCCUGUCGAGAGCUAAAGACCGUUUCGACAGGGAGAGGGCGAAGGCUGCAAGACUUCAAAACCAGGAGUCAAUCGCCUCCGUCAGGCGAGCGGAAGCAGAGAGAGACUUGGCGGUGGAAGAGAGCGAAGCAGCCAAGAAGUCUGCUAGGGAAUUGGAAAGCCGACUACGUGAAAGGCUCAAGGAGGUCGCCAAGCGAGAGGAGGAGGCUGAGGAAGCCGCAACCAAGUGCGGCGUAACCCUGUCGUCACUUGAAGGGGACGCCGCUGAGGUAGACGCAUUAAAGAAAGGCCUCGACAGAAGACACAGACAGGCGGAGAAGGAAGCGGCCGAAUUUGCCGUACGGGAACAGGAAUUGGCGAGGUCGGAAGAUCGGCUCUCCGAGCAGGAACAGCAGCUGAAGGAGCGCGAAGCUGAGUUGGCGGAGGCCUUGGCCGCGCUGGAAAAUUCUCGGAAAGCUCUUGAGGGAGCGGCCGCCUUCGUGCAGGGGCUAGGGGAGGCACAAUCCCUCGCUAGAGAUGCCGCAGCCGAGAGGGAUAGGUGCGUCGAGAGGGCCAAGACGGCGGAGUCCGAGAGGGGCGAUGCCGUGGUCAGGCUACGAACGGCGACGGAAGAGUUGGCGGAACUCAAGGGGAGACUCAGCCACACCGAAUCGUUACAGGUGGCGCGAGCUGAGGCAGCGGAGGAGAGCUUGUCCUUGCUGAGGGUGAAGCUGUCUGAGAUGGACGAUGCCAAACACGACGUUAACAGGAGAGAGAGGCUGGUGGGCGAGCGCGAGGGAGCGGCGCGAGCGUGGGAGUCUAGCCUGCGAAGCGAACAGGCAGCCGCAAGGCAGGCGUUAUCGGAGGCCGGGGCAAGGGUGAAACUGUCGGAAGAGCGGGAAGCUUCCCUCAAGGUCGCGGAAGAGGGUUUGCUCAAGACGUACUGGAUGUCUAGUACUCGAAAUGAGAACAACGGUGUAUUACGUCACCACGACUGGUCUGGUCUGAAGCUGCAGGCUCUGGAGGAACGCUUGGAGGAGCUAGAGAGGCUGAAACAGGAGCAGCGAGAGGCACUCAAAGAGAAGGCUGCGGAGCAUGAUGCUACGAGAAAAGAGCUCGAUGAAGCCAGCCGCAAGGCCCACCAAGAUCUCCUUAGAUCAGCGGCGUCUUUCCUGUUCUCCCGCCUGUCUUCCCUCCCACGCCGACGACUGGAGGGGGCCUGGCUGCAGCUGCGGUUGCGGGGUGUGGACGCCGGUUCGGAGGCGUUGAGGGAAAGGGAGGCGGAGGCGAGGGGACGAGCGUCCGAGCUUCAGGCGUCCAUGGAGAGGGGUUUGCAGGAGCUGAGGGUCGGGAAGGAGGGGUUGGAGGGGCUGGAGGGGCUAGCGGCGAGGGUCAGGGUGGAGGCGGACCUGCGGCAGGUUGCCCGACAACACAAGGAGGUCUUGCACCUCAAGGAGAAAGCCUCGCGGGAUCUAGCCGAGGCGGAGAGCAAACGGGCCGCGCUGGAGGAAGAACGAAAAUCUCUUCGGGAAGAGGCCGACAAAGCGGAGGGGCUGGGACAGGCCCUGGCCCACGAAAAGGCGGUCGUGGAAACUUCUCGCAAGGUUUUGGAAGAGGAGUCUGUGGAAGUGGAGGGCAGACGGAAGGCGCUCGAGGAGCUGCAGGAGGCUGGAAGACGUGAGGUGGACGCCGGGAGAGAGGAGCUGCGGCUUGCCGCCGAGGGAUUGGAAAAGGAGAAGGGUGAUAUCAAAGCAGCUUGGAAGGCCUUCGAGGACGACCGCCUGAAGGCAGAAGCGGCGCUGGAACGUUCCAGGAACGUUCUCGAGGGGGAGAAGGCCGAGGUGCAGCGGGCGAGGGGAGACCUGGACAGGUUCAGCGCACGGGUCGGAGGAGAGAAGGCGGAGCUGCGGCAGCAGAGGCUCCAGCUGGAGGAUAGGGAGGCGGAGCUCAAAACGAGACAAGAGGACGUCCGGGUUCUCGAAGCGAAGGUGCAACAGAACUGCUUGGAAGCCGAGAGGGUUAAGGGAGAGCUCGACGGGCUCCUGUUCGUAGCGUUGGCAGAGCACGGUCGGGUCAAUUGCGCAAGCUCUGUACAAUGGGGUGUUGUAGCGGAAACGUGGGGAAGUGAGCUUGCUGCUGUACGUCGAGAGCUGGAGACCCGCGAGGAGGCGGUUCGUGACACGGGGAGGGAGGUCGGUCUGUCGCUAGACCAAGGCAGGAGCGUUCUGGGCCGGGAGCGGGACAAGCUCAGAGAUGAAGCGGACAACCUCGCCAGGCGACGUCGAGCCUUGGACGUGGACCUCGCAGAGCUAGACGCAACUCGCAACCAACUUCAAGAGAAGGAGGCGGAACUGGCCUCGACGACUCGCGCUCUUGAGGCGAGGGAGGCCGAAGCUGAGAGGCUGCUUCGAGCGGCCGAUGCGGACAGGGAGGGCUUGGACACGGCUCGCGAGGCGUGUUUGGAGCGGGAGCGGGACUUGUCAGCGAUGGAGGCGAGGCUGAGGGAGCGAGAGCUAGAGGCUGACGAAGUGGAGGCGCAGUUAGCCCGCAAGACGGAGGAGAUGGCCCACGCUAGAGAUAUGCUAGAGCAAGCCAGGAAGGAUGCCGAAAACCACGCUAGAGAAGCGGAGGAGGCUACCCUUGAAGCGAGGUCGUUGAAGAAGGAGCUUGAGGGAAGCUGGGACGAGAUUCGUGCCCGGGAAGCUAAGGCGAAGGGUGUGGAAGAGGCUGUCAAGGCUCGGGAGGAGGGCUUAUCCCAGUGGGAGGAAGUUCUCAAGGGCCAGGCUAACGAGGCCUCCGAAAGCACCUCCAAGCUAGAAGCUGACAGGCUCUCCCAGGAGCGAAAUUUCCGGGAACGUUCCGAAGCUCUGGAGGGCGAGGAGCGCCGCGUGAAGGAGGCGAAGGCGGGAUUGGAAGAGAGGGAGACGGCGGUGGCGGAGAGGGAGGCGGAGCUCGCGGAGCUAGAGGCGGGCCGGGAGGCGAGGGCCUCGGAGCUCGAGGGAGUUCGAGAUAGGCUGGCAUUGCUGGAGAAGGCGCUGGAGGGCCAACGCGCCGACCUCGCCAGGAGAAAGGCGGAGGUAUCAGGGUGGGAAGAAGAAGCACACCGGAGGCUGGAGGAGGCGGAUGAAAAGCAGAGGGCGGCGGACAGGUGCAUGAGGGAUGGGGCAAACGCCAGGAGGGAGCUGGAGAGGCUCAAGAAGGCCAUCGAGAGCAACUUCGAGGACCUGCGGCGACAGGCACGUUAUGCCAUAGCUGUCAGCAACUUCGAGGACCUGAAUAGCGCCAGACACGAUAUUAUGCAGAGCAACUUCGAGGACCUGAAUAGCGCCAGACACGAUAUUAUGCAGAGCAACUUCGAGGACCUGAAUAGCGCCAGACACGGCACGGAAGCCGGCCUCGAGCAGCAGAAGGAAGAUGCGAGGUCGCUCCUCCUCAAGGCGGAGGCGGCCGAAUCCGCAAUGAAGGAGGGAGAAAGGAAAUCCGAUGCAACCAGGAGCGAGCUGUCCAAAUCAAGGGCGGAGGUGGAGAAGAUGAGAUCGCAGCUUUCGGAGGCCCUGUCACAGGUGGAGUCUAAGCAGGACGUGCUGGCGUCGAGCAAGUUAGAACUCGACCAGGAGAAGGAGCUGCUGCAGAGGGGGAGGAGGGAGGCGGCAGCAGAGGCGGACAAGCUGGAAAAGCGACGAGAGGCACUCGAGAGAGACGAGGCCGAGCUGUACCAAGCAAAGGACGACAUCUUGCAGCAGUCACAGCGACUGACCUCGUCUUUCCUGGAGCAGAAGGGGGAGUUGGAGGGGUCCACGAGGCGCGCGGAGGAGAGGGCUAACGCAGCGGACGCGAAACUGUCGGCCAUCCAAGAGCAGCUUGACAAAGCCAGGCAACGAAUUUGUGUCGUGGCAGUGUCUAGGGUUGCAGCUGUGGAGGUGGAGAGAGACCAAGCCCUCGAAGCCGUAGGACAGCUGUCUGCUAAGACGGACUCCCUAGAGGAGCAGCUCGAAAACCUCGGAAGGUUGCUGGAAGAGUCGAGGGAGAGGGUGUCGGAGAAGGCGCAGCAGCUGCAGCAUGCCGAGCGCUCGUGGGACGAAGCCCUGAGCAAGAGCAAGGACGCCUCUGCAACACUCGUGCAAGACAGGGAGGCACGCCUCGUCAAAGCCAACCAAGACCUGGAAGACACCAAGAAGGAUCUCGAACUAGCGCGGGAAGAGGCCGCCGCCAUCGCAGCGGAGUUGCAUCGAGAGCAAGAGGCGUUAUCCGUCAGCAGGGCAAGGACGAGCGAACUGCACACGCUCGGGGUCGACAUGGAGAGAGAGCUCACCGCCAUGCUGAAAGACAAGGAGCAGGCCGAGGCCGCGCGGGAGCUUGCUGAGGAGGAAUGGAGGGCUAAGGCAGCGGAGAAGGACGAGCAGGUCGAGCGCCUUGAGGGAAGACUGUUGGAGGCAGAACGGGCGCAGGGCGAGGCCGAGGAAAAGCUGGAACAGGUUUCUUCAGAGGCAUGUCUAGCCAGGGAGCGGGUGGAGCAGGUGUUGGAGGAGCUAGAGGACGCCAAGGAGGGGAUGCAGAGGAGUGAUUCCAGGGCGCAGGAGCUGCAGAGGCGGCACUCCGAAGGGCGGCGAGAGCUCAACCGGCUAGAGGAACACUCGGAAGGGCUUUCUUCUCGCCUACGGCAGCGCGAUCAGGAACUAGCGGAGGCGGCGGCUCUCAUGACAGAAACGCAGCGGGACUUGACCGCUCUCAGAAACAGAACAAAGGAAAUGGAACAGGUGUCUGAGCGGCUAGAGGCUGCUGAGGCUGCCGCCACGCUGCUGAAAGAAGAACUCACGGAGUCUAGGCAAGCCGUCUCCUGGAGGGAGGAGGAGCUGGCCAAGAUGAGGAAGGCUAACGCCAAUUCAGAGGAUCGGCUACGGCAGUGCGCGGAGGAGCUGCAAGGAGUGCUGCUGGACCUGAGGGCGAGAGACUCAGAACUGGACGGCGUUAAGGAAGAAGCCUCGGCCCUGUCCAGCAGGAUGGAUGAGAUCCAGGAGUCAGCCCGUAGGGCUAGGUCGGAGGCUGCCGAGUGGAAGGCGCUAGCCGAGAGGGCCGAGAGCCGUCUGGAGGAGAGCGAUAGGCUCAGGCGCUCGGCACAGAAGCAGCGGUCUGACCAGAUCGACCGGAAGAAACAGACCGAGAUGGCCAGGCUCGAGGAUGCCAAGAAGACCCUCGAACAGGAGAGGAGGGCACUUGGCGAAGAGAGGGCAAGGGUAGCAGAGAAGGGAGCGGAAGCCAGAAGCAUGGCAAAGUCCAUGGACAAGACUCGGAGCCUUCGCGAGAUCCUUGUCGCUCAAGAACGAGAGGUGACGAGCAAGGCCAAGUCCUUGACGGCCAGGGAGCAGCAGCUCGCUCAGGCCGAGAAACAAAUUGUCGCGAAGGAGGAGAGGGUUUCGAAAAAAGAGGUGGGGGUCUCGAACAAGGAGAUGGACGUGUCCGAGAAGGAGAGGCGGGUGUUCGAGAAGCAGCAGGCGUUGUCCGGCAGGGAGGCGAGCGUUUCGGAGGCGGAGGGUAGGGUUUCCGCAGAGGCAAGGAGGCUUUCUGACCUGUCCAAGGAUUUGACGCGGAAAAAAGAGGAGGCCGACGAGCGCGAGAAGAGGUUUAACGCUGCAGCGGAGAAGCUUACCCAAGACGCUGCUCGCCUGGAGUCGGAACUGGAAGCAGCGCAGAUGUCUUCCGAGGCUUCUCGUCUAGCGGUCAGCAUCGGUGGUGUGGAGGAGCGAGUGUCUGCGGAGGCGAAGGUGGUCCAGCAAGAGAGAAGUAACCUGGAGAAGCACAAGCGGAGGCUGCAAGCGGGCAAGGUCGAGUUAGACGAGCGACGCAAAGCCUUGGAAAGCGAGGAGAAAGCUCUAGACACCCGCUACAAGAACGCCGCUGCUAACCUCGAUGCUGAGAACAAGGCGGCGAGAGCUGAGCUAGCAACGGCGAGGAAGGCCCUGGCAAGGGAAAAAGGCGAGCUGGCCUCCAAGAUCAGGAACUCCAGGGCCGAGGCUGAGGCUGCUGCGAGGAAGACCGCGGAGGCGGAGUCGUUGAUGCGAAGGGCGAGGGAAAGAGAGCGUCACGGCGCGGAGCAAGACCGUCGAAGAGAGAGCGACAGACGGGAGGUGGAUCGUGAGCGGCAGGCGCUGUCUUUGCAAAAAGCGGCGCUCGAGAAAGAGGCCAGAGCUCUGCAGGAUCAAAUGGCCGCCCUCUUGGAGCAAAGAACCGUGGCGCAGAACGCUCUCGGAAGCAACAACAGCAAUAGCAGCGCCAACGCCCUUUUCCAGGAGGCCGAGAACCGCAUGCGACAGGCCGAGUUCCGCCACGAAAGGGCCGAACAACGAGAGGCCGCCGCUGCACAGCUUGAAGCCGCGUUGAGGACUCGCGGCGCGGAGCUGUCAACUCGGGAAGAGGCAAUAUCUGCGGCGGCGGAGCUUUCUCUGGCGGCUUCUCGAAGGCAAGCAUCAUCGUCGUCGGUGCGAAACAAGGGGGCCGCGCCAAGGUCGCCUGCCACCACUGUGGGCAAGCAACAGCAGGCACCACCUGCUGUGGACGAUUUUUCCCUUGCAGUUUCAGAAGGGCAGGGAUGGGCGGUUCCCGGCUUGCAGUCGCUCGCGCUCGGCUCGUCCAUCCUCGAAGCGUCUGCGUCGUCUUCCCGCGGCGGCGGAGGCGUCAACUGGGGUGGUGCUGGUACCGGCGAUGGGCUGGGCGAGAACCGGGAAGCCAACACAGGGCCGUCCGGUGCGCGCUUGCAAGGCGGGUCGCGCGCCGGCGUGGACGUGGAAACGCGAGAGCGGCAGCUCGAGGAGUGGUCCAACGCUCUAGCCGAGCAAGCAAGCGCCAUGAGGGAGCAGGCGCUGAGGCUGGAGACUGCGUACGACCGGCUCAGGGAGCGAGAGGCCCAGCCGUCGGCCGAGCACCACGAGUCGGAAAGGCGCCGCGGUGGGGGCGGUGGGGAGACUGAUAAGAAUGACGCCGCUGACGAAUCCCAGAACAACACGUUGCAAACCGCGGUGCACCACGAGCAGCCGCGCGUUGGAACGGAUCCGUCUCAUGCUCGAGCCGCGGCGACUCCCGCAGUCUCCGGCAGCGCCGGUGGCAGCACUAGGGAUGCCGCCAGCGAGGGCCAGCAGCUGCAGCAGAGCCGACACCUAGAGCAGGAGACUGUCCGACUGGCUGAGAAGGCCAGGGAGCUCGAUGCGGAGAGGCAUCGCCUCAAGCUGGCAGCCGAGUCCGCCGAACAGGAGCACGCCCGGGCACAGGCGGAGCGACAAGCCGCCUCGGACGCGACUAGAGACGCGGCGAGGCUGAGGGUCGCGUUGGAGCGGGAGAAAACCCGGCUGGACGCCGAGAAAGGGGGACUGGCGGCGGAAAGGAGCCUGCUGGCAGCCGAGAGGGGAAGGCUUGCGACGGAACGGUCGCGUACUCGGAGAGAGGACGAGGCGGUCGCUCGUAGGGGCCUGGCAGGUUGCCCGGGAGAUGCGGAGGGAGGGAGAAACGACGAGAAUCAAAGCGCGGGUGUUUCGGGGGUCAAGUCUCAGGCCGCUGCCGCGGUCAGUGCUGCCGGGUUCGGAGAAAAACCGGCGGGUUUAACAAGCACGCACGAUAACGUUGGUUCCGCGGAAACCGGCCACCACGCGUUGAGCACGCCGGUUGCAACCACGGGUACGGUCAUGGCGGCGGGGAGUCCCCCGACGUCCGCCGGGGUGGCGGAAAGGCAGGGUCGUGCUGACCCAGCAAGUAUGGGGCAAGCUAUUCCCACCGAGAGUGGUAGCGGUGCUGCUGCCGCUGCAGAGGAGACGAAGGCUUUCUCGCCGCGUCCAUCAAGGGCAGAGGUGCCGCUUGACCACCGGAUAGGGCCCGCUGCCCCCUUGGUCCAAGAAGCGCCGGAGACGCCGGUGGCCCGAAUGGAACAAUCCGCACGACCUACAACCCAAGCCGGACGCCGGCUGGGGUCGGAAUUGGUCAGCAUAUCGGAUCUCGCAAAGGCGGGUUUGGGCGGGCCAGGAGACCAAUCUUCGCUGCGCUCCGCACUACCCGAACCCGAGGCUCUGAACGGAGAUGAUGAUUCGGCCGUCAGCAGGGCGGAGGAGCCCCCAGAGGUGUUAGACAGGAACGGCUUGUCCCCGCGCGUUUCUCAGCGUCGACGAGGCGGUGAUGCGGAGCCCCCAAGGCCGACUCGGCGAAGCAGUGGUCGUGGCCGGGGCAGCAGCGACGCCCGGCGUGGUGCGAGUACUCCGACGGUGGAGAGCCUACGGCGACGACUCCAAGGGGGUGGAGGGGGGCGGCAGGGGGCGGAUGAAGCCCGCGGGGGUUCCUCUUCCGACGAAGAUUCGUCGCCUGGUGCCGCCAAGCCAAUAAGCCGGAGAUCGAGCGGGGCAGCAGCAACAGCAGCAGCAGACUCAACAGCGGCGGCAGCUGCAGCAGCAGCAGCAGGAGGCCGAUCACCAAUCAGUAGCCCGUCCCUCUCCUCCCUGGGGUCUCCUCCAUUGGCUGGAACAGGCAGAGGAGGCCAGUUGGGCCAGGCCCACCGGCCGGUCCCCGCAGACUCGUUCCUCGCCCGGCUCCAGGCGAGGCUGGCCGGAGCGGACCACACCCUCCGGCAGUCGCUUGGCAGGCGGGAGGCCCUGCUGAGUAGGUUCGGGACGGACGGUAGCAGCAGCGUUGCCCCCACGAGCGAGGGGGAAGACACGUCCGACCAGAACGGCUGCUCUGUGGACGCCUCGCCCGAGAUUACGGCCUCGUCUUCUUCCUCGCCGCAGGACGGGGUCGGUCGUGGCGCGGCGGCGGCGGCGGCGCAUGCCAGGAGCGGUAGCGACAGCAGCAUCGUCAGGGGCGACCUCGGGCUCGGCUUGGAAGCAUCCCCUGGGACGAACGCAAAGGGGGGUCGUUUCGGGUUCAGGGGCGGAGGAGGAGGAGGAGGAGGGGGAGGAGGGGGAAGAACACCGCCCCAUAAGGUAGAGUCUCGGAGGGGGGACGAGACGAGGAAGCAGUCCCGCCUGGCGCCACCAAUCGCGGUGCGUGCUCCUGGAUCUACCCCGGUACGACAAAACUCUUCGCAAGCGUCAUCAACGGCCGCACCUGGCGAUACUUUGCCCGUAGCAGCCGCAGCAACAGCAGCAGCACCCUCCACAGAAGCAGCUAGUGGCAGGGCUAGAAGAACAGCUGUUGCUCGUGCAAGCGGGUACGGGCGGGCGGCGGGCAGCGACACGGACGAUACCGAAGCGGAAAAGGAAAACCUCAGGGAGCUCAUGCUGGCCCUGGGCGCUGUAGAUAAUCGCGAAGGUGACGGCGAUGCGAGUGCGGAAGACGACGAGGGCGGGCGAAGACACGGGGUUGGGGGUAGCGUGGAGGCGGGAGAUGAGGCUGGUAGUAUUGCUGCAGGUCAUGGGGAUGUGGUGAGUGGUUCUGAUGGAUACGACGGCGACCAUGUGAUGGCGGCUGCAACGGGCGAAGCUGACGCAGGAGGUGGUAACACCCUCAUGUCGUCAGUGAGGGCGCAGAACGAAGACAUCUCGUCUCGCCUGCAGGACAUGUCGCUACAGGAAGCGUUGGGUCUGUCAUCAUCGGCUUCGUCUCCGGCGUCCGCGGCACCAGAAGGCUGACGGAGAGAGAAACCUUGCUUUGUUGCUGGAUAGUUUUUUACCAAGAGUCGAAAUCAAGCAGCUAUCGUUUCGAGGCCUUGACUUUUUGCUAGCCACCUCUCUCGCCUCGUGCCAGACUGCUGAAUGUAGUUUUUAGUGUUCUGUACUACCCUCUUGAUGUAUGAUGUGUUGUGGGCAUCACACAGGGGGGCCCGAUAUGUAGAAAGGUUGCUGUCGUUCGCUCUCCGUAAUUGACAGCGAGUGUAGCUUGAUACGACAGUACGUUUGGUGGGGAGUGUUGUGAGUUUUCGUGUGUCCUAGUUGUAAGCGUGUUAAAGUUGGUGUUCGGAAUAUGUAGGGCUUUACGUCGUCCAGGUGUACGUAGGGCGGUGGAGCCCGCCCACCGUAACUUGAGUACGGUGUGGAAGGUGUUGUACAGCAUGUUGGAGGGCAUUUGAUGACAGCAGUUUUAUUGUUUUGACUUUAACUUUGGGCAAGUUUAUCGCCACUCAGCAGUAGUAGUUCUUGUACCGUGAGUACACAUGCCUGCACCAACUACUCUGAGCAACAUCAUAGGGAUGAUUACGGAUGCUCGACGUUGGUAAGGUGCAAAACGGGUAGGGGGCGCAUGUCGCUUGCAUGGAAGGCGAAGAAGAGGCAGAAUGUAAACCAGGAUUCGAUCGAACCGCUUUCUACGCAGGUAGGUUUGCACUGCACC